AUGCCACUGAUGAGGACUAUCUAUGUGAGAUUAUAUAGUGAUUGUUGCUACAAGCUACUCCAUAGUGAUGCACAUGAAGUAAUCAUUAAGCUGCUGUUUCCUUGGAUUAUCAGAGAUAAAGAAAAGUGCGUCAAGCGAAUAUAUUUUAUCAAGAUUAAACAAAAAGCCAAAGUAUAGGAGUAACAGAAUGAAGUUUUUAUUAAAGUAAGCAAUAGUUUGAUUUCCA